AUGGAGGGGCUGGAGCUCCCGAGGGGGCGCUCGCCCCGGGAGAGAGACCGCGCAGACCAGUCCCUGCGCUUCGCCCCCAGCCCUACUGGCGAUGUGGUUGAGGAGAGCCCUGGAGGGGUGCUUGCCGAGCUCCCGGACUUCCGGCGCCGGGCCUUCACCGAGGUCCACGCGCCCGGGCUGCGCCAGCGCGUGGCGGAGCGGAUCAGCAGCGAGCUGCCGCGGGAGCCGCGGGAAGGGCCGAGCGUCAUGAAGACCGUGACCUCUCAAAUUCGGGGCUUCUACCUGGUGAAGUUUGCGGUGUCUGUCACCGCCUGCUAUCUCACGAUUCAGCUUCUGGUGACCUUUGCAGAGGUGCUGCUUCCUUUCAUCUUUGCGGUGCUGGUGAUGAUUGUUCUGGAGCCGCUCAAGAAGUUCGUGAUGCGGGUUCUUUGCAGGCUUGCCGUGCGCCUUUUCCUCUUACUGCGGCUAGACUUUUGCGUGGACGGGCAGAAGAUGUCAGACAUGCGGCACCCCAGCGUGGACAUGAUGGAGGGCCAGCCAGAGUAUGGCAGCAUCCCAGAGGAUUCGCCAGCUGAGGAUGUGAGCACCUCCCGCGUGGUCAUGCCCAUCCCUGCGGUGAAAAGACUCUUGGUGGCGUUGUCCAUCUUCUACUGCCUGGCGCUGUCUGGCCGGGUGCUGUGGCUGACCGCCAGGGUCUUCUUCCGCGCCGCCGACGUGAUUGCGGCCGACAUGGCGUACUACAGACACGGCGCCGAGAGGCUGAAGAAGUGGGUGCAAACCUACAUCAGCGACCUUCACAUCGAGGCCAUCAACUACCAGGAGGUUCUGGACGAUCUGGUGGCCGAGGUGGAGCACAUUGGCACGGUGGUGACGCAGAGCGUGGUGUACAUCAUGAUCCAGGGAGUGGUCACCUUCAUCUUCCUGAUCUACAUGUUGUGGAGCCCCAUCAAGGUGGAUGGCAGCGCCAUGGCCACGGAGGUCUUCAACUCCACGAGCCGCUAUCUCAAGGUGAAGUGCGUGAUCUCGGCCUUUACGGGGCUCUCUAUAGGGCUGCUGCUCUAUGGCCUGGGCCUGGACCUGCCGGCGGCCUUUGGGCUCAUGUCCUUCCUGGCCAACUUCCUGCCAGGCAUCGGCUCUCCCGCCGCCUCUGUGCUGCCGUGCCUGCUGGCGAUCAUCGACGUGCGCAGGACGCCUACCCAGGUGGCGAUCGCAUUUUUCAUGCAGAUCAUUGUGCACUUCUUCAUCGACUUUGUGAUUGAGCCCGUGAUCUUUGGCAUCUCAGUGGAGAUCCAUUCGGUCAUAGUGAUCCUCGGCAUUUGGUUCUUCUAUGAGGUGUGGGGUGUCCCCGGCAUGCUCCUGUCCGUGCCCUUGCUGUCUGUGGUGAGGACUGGCAAGCUGCGCUGGCGCCGUCAGUUUGGCUGUUUCACCAUGCCCCUCAACGGCGAGCACUUGGAGGGGUCUGAUAGUCUGACGGGUAAGGUGGCGGCUCCAGGCGCCCGGAUCUGCGAAAAGCACAUGAACGUCAAUCUGGGGCCCCUCCGCGCGUUCCGCGUUGCCAUGGCCACCUGCGCAGCAGAGGGCUGCAGGGCCGCUGGGACGCAGAAGUGCGGGCGCUGUGGCAUGGGGUACUGCUCCACGGAUUGCCAGCGCCGGCACUGGCCCAUGCACAAGGCGACAUGCCAGCCCUGCCAAAGCUUCUGCUGCCCUCGUGCCAUCCAGGCGCUGGAGGAGGAGCGGCUGCGCGCCACUCAGCCGGAGCCGCCGGAGUUGCAGAGGGAGCUGCGAAGACUGGCGGAUCCCAGCGCGGACGUGGCGGACGUGUCGAUCAGCGGCCUCAGCCAGCAGGGCAGCUGCCAGCUGCUGGGGGCCUUGCGGGGGCAGCGGCUUCAGCUGUUGGUGCUGGAGGAUUGCCAUUUGGACGCCCAAGCUGCGCGACUCCUAGCUGAGCUGCCGAAGGACAGCCUCCAGGCGCUGAACCUGGCCCACAAUCAGCUGGAGGUGACCGGCUUGCAGCUGCUGUUUCCAGGCGACCUGCGAAGCCUGCGAGAGCUGAACCUCAGGGACAACCUCCUGGGCCCCAAGGCGGCAGAGAUUGUGGCGCAGCUGGUGCUGGCAGGCCCGGAGUUGAAAGUGGUGAACCUCGCAGAGAACUUCCUGCAGGAGGAGGGUGCUGCCCUGCUGGCCAAAGCGCUGCAGGACGCAGGCCCGCGGGCCUUGCAUCUGGACCUCCGGGGCAACGAGCUGCGGCUGAGCGGGGCCAAGAGCCUGGCCUCGGUGCUGGGGAGCUUCGAGGCUUUAGAGCUGGCGUCCAACCGGCUGGGCGACUUUGGCGCCAAGGCUUUGGCGCAGAAGUUGGCGGACAACUCCAGCCUCACCAGCAUUGGCCUGGCCGAAAACCGAAUUGGCGACGAGGGGGCCAAGGCGUUGGCGGAGUCUUUGGGAGCGAGCCGAGCGCUGAAGAGCUUGGAGCUGGAUUACAACUCCAUCACGGACGGCUCCUGCCUGGCGCAGUUGACUUGUGAGGUCACGCUGGCAGGCAACAACCUCCGGGCCUUUCCGGAAUGAUGGGACCUGGGCUGAAUAAAGCCAAGGUUGGUGAAUAGGUUCCUUGUAGGCGCCUUUCAGGAAAACCACUCCUCGAUAUUGUCCGGGUUGAUCAAUCCGGGGUCGACAUCAGGGGCCGAAUGGACCCUGGGCAUUUCUCGCGCGGUCUCGACUGGAAUUGUUGCAAUGCUGGCGAUGCCAGUGGCACGGAGGAGGCGCGUGACCCAGCGAAGACC